GGACGAACGUGUCGUGAAUUUCUUGCACUUCAGGUCACCAGUCGAGGUAUCAUUGUCGUUAAUCGGCACAAAUCUUUCGACGGACAUUUGACCGUCACGCGAACUGUCAGCAGUUCCGGUUUCGGUCAGACUUCCCAUUUCCAUGAUCGUUUUCGCGGAUGAGUCUUCUUCGAAGGGCAGAAAUUAUGCACAGGAAAUGUUGUUAAUUUUUUUUUCCGCACGUUUGUUUUCUUACGUUUCCGCGAUCCUAAUCACGAGUUGACAACCAUUCCGCAUUUGCCGCACUCGGCGUUACACAGAUGUUACUAAUCACUGUGAUCGAACAUCUUUUCUGGAUAUCACGCUUGGGUAUAAUUCUUUAUCUAGAUUAUGCCGGCCUUGAAUUUAUACGCACGAUAGCUGCUACCGCUCGGACGUACUUCCUCGGGUGUUAAUUGUGACUUCAUAUCGCUGAACGUCCAACUCGUCCGUCUUAUUCACAGUCACUAUUGGAUUAUUUAUUUCUCGAAUUAUAAAUGACAGGCCCGUUUGCGGCUUCUUUGUAAAUCGACGAAAAAUUGGACGCGCGAAAAUAGCCUGAAGAACGCCGCAAGUCGCGGAAAAAUCUGCCGAGUACAGAACUCGGUACUUCAACGCUGUCCUCACGGAUUUUAGUGACACUAAAUUCUCGUGGCAAUGACCCCAGCAUCGAGAUGCAGACGUCUCAAGGCGUCUGAAUAACCAAAGAUAAAUUCAAAAUUAACUUAAGAACGUCCGGACACUGCUUAUACAGUUUCGAAAUCAUAGAAUAUAAAUUAAAAAUAAAAACACUUUCUUACCCUGCGACCAAGUACCAGAAUUCUUCCGAUUUCUUCAAAAUUCUUCUGGGCUAAACAGGUUGGUUUCAAUUCCUUUUACCUAAAAUCUAUACUGCCCUGAAAUUUCCACCAUACACACUACAUAUACGUAUACAUAUAUUGUGACAUCCCUUGUCAAUUACGUGUUAUAGUUUCCGUCAAGUUUCAGUUGGAUUUCGAUUGUCCUGUGGGGAGUUGGCCACGCACGUACCUCAAGAGUACAUAACUAUCAAAACAGUGGUUUUCACGCGAUAACGAAUGGGAGAGGCUGAGCAAAGUUCGCUACGGGAAGUUCCUAGUUAAUCUUGAGUGCUGGGAAACAAUAUGGCUCAAUUAGAACCAUUCGAUGAAAAAUACUACGACCAUUCCCAAGACAGGAAUGAGAGGCGUCACUACGACGAGCAUCACGACAGGUGCAGCUGGUGCGACGAGGAAUCGGAUGAUCGAGAAGAGUGGAGAUACAACGAUGAAAACUCUGAGAGUCUGGAUAAUCUCGACAACUAUCGGCACAGGGACGCGAACGAUUGUAAGAACGUUUACUGGGAGGAUAAGUGUUCCUCGGACAAUGUGACCAAUCGGCAUAUCAGCGGUGCAACGUCGGCCGAAAUACUUUGUCCGCACUGCAAUUGUUAUGUACAUGCAGCAGUGGACCCAGGUCCGAAAUGGUACAUGUUCUUGCUCAGCACCGUUCUUCUACCAUGUUGCUUAUGUUUGUUGCCACGUUUCACAAACGUGUUGAGAACUCCAAGGCACAGGUGCCCGAUCUGUUCUCGUGUUAUCCUUGGUGGCAGAACUUCGCCGUACGGAGCCCAGAGGCAGAAUUACCGCUAGAACUAUCCUGAUGCAAACGUACAAUUGGACUGCACACCGACUUGAUCGUCUUUAGCAGGUUACGUAUACCAACCCUUUCUGACUCUGACACAUAUUCCAAGCAUUUGUUAUCGUUUUUCAAUCAAACAGGCUUUUUAAAAAUUUCAUGUAGUUUCGCGUAGAUCCGUGCAGCAUGGUUUUGCCUCUGUCCAGAUAUCAGGCUUGUUAAAAUUCAACUUUCAAUUCUGGAAGACUAAAAAUGCGUCGAUAAAACACUUGUAUUAAAAAUGGGAAUACUGCUGAAAUUCAUGCCGUCGACCUACCGACCAAUUGUGGUAGUUUGUCCUGGUUGUGAGGAGAAAAUUAAGACUAUUGUUACGUAUGGGUCAUCCUCGUUCACCUACAUCAUGAGCAAGCUCCUGUGUCCAUUUUGGUUAUUAGCUACUUGCAUUCUAACAACUGUUUCCUCGUUCCAAGCCUUGAACUUGAUUUCAUUCGCUCAUAAUCGCCUAACUGUAAUCUCUACGUUUUCACAGUUUGUGUUUUGUCCCGCAUUUCACGGUGCUCGGUAAAAAUCCGAUACACAAGUGCCCUCUUUGCCUGAUGACAAUCCCGCCCGAGAUACUGACGGGUUCCGAUAGCGGCAACUUGUUAAGGCACAGGAAAUGUUACAGGACAAUUGCCUCGACUAAGCUCCAUAAUCAAGCUGUUCUCAAAGUUCCUACUGCAAACCGUAAGACCUGCAUUCGACAAUGAAUUGAAACCCGUAUAACUGCUUAUGGAGGUCAAUCCGGAACCCAGCGCCUCUGAAAAUGGCUCCGCGAUCACCCAAGAUUACAACGAAUGCCGUAACGCCGAAGCAACAGGUUCAAAGUUCACGUCCCCGACAAGUCGCAACUUGGAUACGGCGCAAAAAGUUCCUGAAUCGUUAGAAGCGAUAAUCAAGUAUCCGGUGAAUCCUUUACCGGGAACUUUCAAGCAGACUAUGCGCGGUACGCAAACACCAUUGACGUUGAUAGGGGUUACGAUGUCCAAAUCUAACGAGGAGGAUCAAAAACCCCCGUCGGCAGUGCCGGAAAUACUGGAGGCGGAAAUGCCUUCCGGAACGAUAGAAGGUCCCGAAUCUUCCACAAGUGCUGUCAAAUCUGUAUUCUCGCAGUUUCGGGUCGAGGCGGUGACCGUGAAGUUCAGCCACGAGGCAGCCACGCAGGCGACGCCCCCACACCCCUCUUUGACAUCGACCAAGUCCUCGACGCUCCCUAUUAACGUGAUGCAGAUCGCUACCUCUGUCUCUUCCAGCCGCUCUGGACCAAAAAGUGAAGUAUUGACUGUGACCACUGACUAUGGCACUCGGACUCCGGAUGCCAGAAGUCUGCUGCUAGACGUCAUUGAGCAGGAUCAUCCCAUUCGUUACAUCAACGUUGAACCGAGUACUUCGGCAAUUGCCGUGACAAGUUCGUCGCCUGUGACAACACCCGGUUUACCAAAUUUCACAAUGUCGCCACCUUCGAUCAACAGCCAAAGAAGCUUGCUGAAUUUACAACGAAGGCGCCCAGACAAUCGAUGGAGCUGGAGAAAUUGCUUCAGACGAAACAUCCCUCAGGGAGAAGAUGUAUGGAGCUGAUGGAAUUAAAACGAGGCUCUGGAGUAUUUCUUUUUAUCGUUUCUUCUUCUUCUUUUUCACCUCAUCCCUCAUCCCGCAGCCGGAUCUGAUACCUUACACAAUGGGACCACCACCUACGUAUUCGGGAAUAUUCAGAGAGCAGAGACCGCUCUACACCGAAUCUACCAUCCCACUACCACCAAGACUGUCCAGCGACACUGUCGCCUCAUUCGUAGCACCGAUACCCCCGCCAAGUUAUGCCCAAGCCCAAGGUCUCUGCGUGUCUCCGUAUUCGAUGGAACAGAUUAUUUCAGUGACUCGUAAUACACGACAUCAAUCUUCUCUUCACGUAUAUUCGUAAAUCUUCCCGAAUGUCGGACUCGUUGAAA